AUGCAUCUGCAGGCCCCCUACACUUACCUCUCUCCGGGCUUCUAUUUCGACCACAACGAUGUGGCUCGGGAAGACGUGGGCCACUCCUUCAGCAAGUUGGCCGGGGAGAAGAGUGAGGACUCCGGAGCAUCUCCUGAAGCUACAAAACCAGCACGGCAGCUGUGCCCUCUUCCAGGACGUACAGUGCAGAAGCCGUUCCAACAUGAGUGGGGUAAAACCGCAGACGCUAUGGAAGCCACCGUCGUCAUGGAGAAGAACCUGAACCAGGCCCUUUUGGAUCUGCACGCCCUGGGUUCUGCCUGCGCAGACUCCCAGCUCUCUGACUUCCUGGAGAGCCACUUUGGGUGUGAGCAGGUGAAACUCAGCAAGAAGAUGGCGACCACCUGA